CUAAUGAGCAUUGUAUAGCCAAAAGCAUCAGAGUAUUAGCAGUUCCUUCUCAGCUCAACCUCUGAAACAGGAAAACAUCUUGAAGACUCCAGUGUAGCAUGAUGUCUGGGAAGAAUGUCAAGGGAGAGAAGAAAAACCCAUCUCCCAUGGUGAAUAACAAAGCACAGAAAGCAGAACACACCUUGUGCAGUCAAUAUGAGGAGAAGGUUCGUCCCUGUAUUGAUCUCAUUGACUCCCUGAGAGCGCUCGGAGUAGAAAAGGACCUGGCUUUGCCAGCAAUUGCAGUGAUUGGAGACCAGAGUUCUGGAAAAAGCUCGGUCCUAGAAGCCCUGUCUGGAGUCGCUCUUCCUAGAGGCAGUGGUAUUGUUACCAGAUGUCCUUUAGAGCUCAAACUGAAGAGAGUGCAUUACACACAGGAAUGGAAAGGAAAAAUUACUUACUUGGAGAUAAAGCAAGAACUGAAUGGUCCUUCAGAAGUGGAAAAAGAAAUAAGGAAAGCCCAGGAUGCAAUGGCUGGUGAAGGAGUGGGCAUUAGCCAAGAAUUAAUUUCCCUAGAAAUUAGCUCCCCAAAUGUUCCAGAUUUGACACUGAUUGAUCUGCCAGGGAUUGCUAGGGUGGCUGUGGGGAAUCAGCCAAAAGACAUUGGAAAUCAGAUCAUAAAUCUAAUUAAAAAGUAUAUUUGUAAGCAACAAACUAUAAAUCUGGUAGUGGUACCAAGUAAUGUGGAUAUUGCAACUACAGAGGCCCUAAGAAUGGCUAAAGAGGUGGACCCUAAGGGGGAGAGAACUCUAGGGAUUCUCACAAAACCUGAUUUGGUCGACAGGGGAACUGAGAGCAAUGUAGUCGACGUCGUCCGAAAUCUCAGCAUCCCCCUGAGGAAGGGCUACAUGAUUGUUAAAUGUCGUGGGCAGCAGGACAUCCAUGACAACUUGACACUGGCCUCUGCAAUUCAGAAAGAGAGAGAAUUCUUUGAGGAGCAUGAAUAUUUUAGUAUCCUUUUGGAAGAAAGAAAAGCUACUAUCCCACUUUUGGCAGAGAAACUUACGCAGGAACUGAUAGAGCACAUUAAUAAAUCACUUCCAACUUUAGAAAAUCAGAUAAAGGACAAACUCCAGGUGGCAAACAACAAGCUACAAAAAUAUGGCCAAGGUGUGCCAGAAUCAGAAGAAGAGCAGAUGCUCUUCCUAGUAGAUAAACUCAAACUCUUUAACCAGAACAUCAUGAAUUCAGUGCAAGGAGAAGAAAUUGUAACUGAUAAACCAAAACAAAGACUAUUCACAAAAGUUCGCAAGUUCUUUAAUGAAUGGGAAGCCCACGUUAAUAACAGUACACUGAAAGUAAAAGAAAUUAUGAAAGAAGAAGUGUGGGGCUUUGAAAAUCACUAUCGUGGAAGAGAGCUCCCAGGAUUUGUCAAUUACAAGACAUUUGAGGCCAUUGUGAAACAACAAAUUGUGCUGCUGAAAUCACCAGCUAUCAUGAUACUGAAGACAGUGACUGAGCUUGUACAAGAAACUUUUACUGAAAUUGCCAUGCGACACUUUGAGAACUUUUUCUAUCUUUUCAGAGAAGCUAAGACUAGAAUUGAAGACAUAAAACAAAAACAAGAGGAAGAAGCUGAAACUGUAAUUGCCAAUCAGUUCAAAAUGGAACGCAUCGUUUACUGUCAGGACAGUCUUUACUGUGAGGAUUUACAGGAAAUUAGAAGAACUCCUUUUGCUUUUAAUCAUACUCAGUCUAUUGCAUCUCAAAAACAGUAUUCCAUUGAUGAAAUGGCUUACCAUUUGAAUGCCUAUUUCAAGGGUGCAGGCAAUCGUCUCUCCACUCAAAUUCCUUUGAUUAUUCAGUCCUACGUCCUCCAGGACUACACUGAAAAGUUACAGAAUGCAAUGUUGCAACUUUUGCAAGAUAAAAAUCGAUUCAGCAUUCUUCUUCUUGAGAAGAAAGAUGCUGCCACUGAAAGGAAAAAUUUGAAAGAAAGAAUUAAACGUCUGACACAAGCUCGACAACGCUUAGCAAAGUUCCCAGGUUAAAGCAGAUGUGCUAAGCAACAGCACUUUUUUUUCUUUAUUUCUCUUGUGUGAGUUAGUUAGAGACCUAAAU